UCAAUACACUCAGUACGACUCCUUCAGGCCACGAAGAUGAUCACAAAAUUGGUGCUGUGUGCACUGCUAGCUGUUGUCACUUCGGCUCCUGAUGGACACAGCUCAAGUCCAACUGGGCUAUAUGAAACCCCAAAUGUGGGUGGCUCUCAUUCAUCAAGUGUGGGAUCUGGGGGAUCUGGAAGUAGAAGUCCAGGAGGUAUUUCUAGUGGAGGGUCAAUAGGAUCACUUGGUGGAAGCACUGGAGGCAUAGGAAGUGGGUUUGGAGGAACUUCUGGAGGAAUCAUAGGAAGCAUACCAGGUGCUCAUAGUGGCUCGUCUAGCGCAGGAUCAGAUGGAUUUCCAGCAGGAACUGGAGACUUAGCUGGUAGUAUACAGGGGGGAUCAACAGAGGGAGGAUUUGGAGGAUUAACCUCAACUCAUGGUACUUCUUCCAGUGGAGGAUUAAUAGGGGGCAUACCAGGUGUUCAUGGUGGCUCAUCUAGUGAUGGAUCAGGUGGGUUUUCUGCAGGAGCUGGUGGCUUAUCUGGUGGUAUACAUGGAGGUGUAACAGACAGAGGAUUUGGUGGAACAACCAUAACUCACAGUACCACAGGAGGUGUAGGAGGAUCACUGACUGAUGGAUUUGGUCUUACUGGCAGUGGUAACCUUGGUCCUACAUCUGGGGGAUCUUUUGCCAGUUCACAAACUGAUGAUUUAGGAUUUUCCUCAGGAGCCAGUUCUCUUGGCACUUCUGGUUUGGGAACGGGCAGUUCUUUAGGCUCUACUGGUACAAUUUCUGGAGGAUUUGGAAGCACUUUAGGAUCAAGCUUUGGCAGCACUCCUGGCUCUGUAGUAGGAGAUUCUUCCACUGCAGGUUAUGGAGGUUCCUCAGCCGCAGGACACAGGGGUUCUUCAGACUCCAACCUUGGCGGAAUUAGUGUUACUCCCGGAUCUGACUUUGGCAGUUCCUUAGGGUCUGGUUUCAGCACAACUGCAAGUACCAUUUCACCAGGAACCUCCCCAGGUGCUAGUUUUGUUGGUUCCUCUGGUUUGGGAACUGGUAUUUCUUCAGACUCUACUGGUACAAUAUCUGGUGGAUUUGGUAGCUCCCUAGGAUCUGCAAGUACUGGUACUGGUGGAUUUGGGAGCUCUUCAGCAUCUCCUAGUACUGGUAUUAGUGGAUUUGGAAGCUUAUCAGGAUCUGCAGGUACAGGUACUGAUGGAUUUGGAAGCUCCUUAGGAUCUGCAAGCACUGAUGGAUUUGGAAGCUCUUCAGGCUCUGCAAGUACUGGUACUGGUGGAUUUGGAAGCUCUUUAGGAUCAAGUUUUGGCAGCACUAGUGGAUCUGCAACAGGAGGUUUUUCCACUGCAGGUUUUGGAGGUUCCUCAGCCGCAGGACACGGGGGUUCUUCAGACUCCAACCUUGGCGGAAUUAGUGUUACUCCCGGAUCUGACUUUGGCAGUUCCUUAGGAUCUGGUUUCAGUACAACUGUAAGUACCAUUUCUCUGGGAACCUCACCAGGAGCUAGUUUUGGUGGUACCUCUGGUUUGGAUGCUAGCAGUUCUUUGGGCUCUACAGGUACGAUUCCUGGUGGAUUUGGAAGCUCCCUAGGAUCCACAACUACUGGUACUGGUGGAUUUGGAAGCUCCUUAGGAUCUUCCAGUACUGGUACUGCUGGAUUUGGAGGCUCCUUAGGGUCUACAACUGCUGGUCCUGGUGGAUUUGGAGGCUCUUUAGGAUCUACAAGUACUGGUGGAUUGGGAAGUACUGGUACAGUUGGGCAUGAAAGUUCCUUAGGAUCAAGUUUUGGUAGCACUAGUGGAUCUGGAGCAGGAGGUUCUUCCAGUGCUGGUUAUGGAGGUUCCUCAGCCUCAGGACAUGGCAGUUCUCUAGACUCCAACCUUGGCGGAAUUAGCGUUACUCCUGGAUCUGACCUUGGCAGUUCUUUGGGAUCUGGUUUCAGUACAACUGUGAGUACCAUUUCUCCGGGAACCUCCCCAGGAACUAGUUUUCUUAGUUCUUCUGGUUUGGGAACUGGCAGUUCUUUAGGCUCUACUGGUACAAUUUCUGGUGGAUUUGGAAGCUCCCUAGGAUCUGCAAGUACUGGUAAUGGUGGAUUUGGAAGCUCUUUAGGGUCUGCAGGUACAGGAGCUGAUGGAUUUGGAAGCUCCCUAGGAUCUGCAAGUACUGGUACUGGUGGAUUUGGAAGCUCUUUAGGAUCUACAGGUAUAGGAGCUGAUGGAUUUGGAAGCUCCCCUAGAUCUGCAGUCCUGUACUGGUGGAUUGAAGCUCUUUGGAUCUACCAGGUAUAG